AUGUUAAAACACGGAGCAAAUAAAGAAGUAAUUUCGAUAAAUAGUAAUCAAAUUAAAAUCGAAUCAAAUGCCUUAAUGGGCAAAGAAAAUUUAUUUUUAAUUGAUACGGGCGCAGAUCUGAACAUCAUUAAAUUAUCGUUGAUAAAGGAUAACGUACCGGUAGAAACUACAACCACAUUAAUAGGUAUUAAUGAGAAUUCGAUAAAAACUUUAUUCAUUAUUAAAAUCAAUUUAACUAUUGAUAAAAAUAAUUAUUACGAUACAAUUUUUCACGUAGUCAAUGAUAAGUUUCCAGGUUCAAUGACCGGAAUUCUUAGUAUACCGUUUUUUAGCAAUAAUGAUGUAACGCUUAAUUUAAGGAAAGGCGAAAUGAUAAUUGAUAGGCAACAAAAGAAAAUUUGA